UCUCCCACCUUUCCCUUGAAACCCAUCAGCUUUCUUUUUCCCCCGUUAUCGUCACCUUCAAACAAAUUGGUAAACCCUAGCUAGGGCCAUUUACUUUCCAAUUCGAACCCUAAAAAAAUUCCCAAAUCUCGAUUCUCUUCUCUUCUCCACUCCAAAUUCUUUCCUCUUCCCUUACUAUUUAUAUUUUCUAUCUCUUACUGCAGACAACCGAACCCUAGAAAUCUCCUGCUUCCCCAAUUUUCAAUCUUCGUUAUCCAAUUCCGUUAUUUCCAAUCAUUCCGCUCCCAACGGUUUCGUUUAAUUUCACUAUGAACCUAUGCAUGCAAACUUUUUCCCUUUUUUGUUUUAAAAAAAAUUGAAUUUGAAUAAUUAAGUUGAUUUUGCCUUUGCAUUUUGCUUUUCUUGUUUCUUUUCUAGUUUGUUGGUUUCGAUGUGGGAUGAGUGAGUUGAUUGAGAGAGCUGAGUGGGGAGAGAAAAAAUGAGUAGGCUAUCGUUUAGGCCACGCCCAUUGGACAUACACAAGAAGCUACCGAUUGUUAAGUCAGUAAAAGACUUCGAAGACGAUGAGAUUCCUACUUCCGCUACUCGUAACUCUCAAAUGCUCCGCCUUGCUUCUGCCGAGGUAGAUAACGAGGUACAGCAAACCCCUACCAAGAAACAUGCUCCCGAAAUACCUACACCUCAGUUUGUUGUUGUGGAUACAUAUGAAAGAGAUUAUUCUCGCACAUUCUUUCAACCAACAUCCUAUCUACGUGCAAGGGGAGCCCGGGCUGAGAUUGGAGAGUUUGUUGAGUACGAUCUAGAUAAUGAGGAUGAAGAUUGGCUUCAAGGGUACAACAAAGAUAAGAAGAUUCUUGCAUCUGAAAAGCUGGAGAGUCUUCUUUUUAAGUUGGAGGUGUUGGAUCAUAAAGCUCGGGAAAGAGCAGGAGUUAUAACACCAACUCUUGUUUCACCAAUUCCUGUGCUUUUGACAAUGGAUGCUGCUAUUGAGGCUUUGCAAUCUCAGUCCAUCAAAUAUGGAGUCUUCCAGUCGGUUUAUAACUAUUGGAAAGAAAAGCGUGAACGGUGGCAGAAGCCUAUUUUACGGCGUUUACAGCCUCCUCCUCCAGUUAACGAUAACAACCCCUAUAAUGUCUUUAGGCCCAGGGAGAAAGCUCACCGACUUCACACGAGAAGGAUGCAAAGGAGGGAAAACAAUGUGCAGUCAUUUGAAAAGCUUCGCCAGGUCAGACGCAAUCUAGACCAAGCCAAAACCUUACUUGAGGCUUUGAUUAAGAGAGAAGAGAAGAAAAGAGAUGUUAUGGAGAGUGAAGUUAGCCUUCGGAGGAUCCAAAUGAAGUACAAGUAUGAAACUGAGCUCCUUGAAGAUAUUACACUUCCUGGUUUUGCACCAAUAUCUGGCAAGUUUGGUUCAAGUGAAGAUGAGUUUAUGGACUCAGAUGACCUUGCAAACAGCCGUCCACGUACACGACCUGCUGCAGUUCAGAAUCCACCUCUAGCAGACUCUAAUGUGGCCAUGGUUCCUGCUGGAAACAUUAAGCAAGAGUUUCGUCGUCGACAUAUGCUGCAUGGAUGGCUCCAUAAACUGGAUCCUAUUGAGCCAGUUUUGUUGUUCACAAAACCUCUUGUUCCAGAUAAGCUGGCAGCUGCUGGCAUUGUACCCCCAUCUGAUACUUCAACAACAAAAAACGGUGCAUCUACACCACCCUAUAAAUUUCAUGGAAGGAUGGGCCGUGGGGGCCGAAUAGUAUUUGAUAGAUGGAAUCCUCUGAUGCAUACUCCGAUCGAUUGCGGUAACUCAUAUUACAUCCCACCCAAGCCCCGGCCUUCAACAUAUAACUAAAUUAGGUACUUUGCUUGGUCCCUCCACUGCCGAGGCAGGAGAUUCCAUUGUAAAGAAAUUCAAUUGAUGUUUAUUGUAAUGAUAUUACAGUGGGACUGAGCAAGUUGGGUAGGUUGGUGAAUGCUUUUUGGGCCCUGUCCCUGCGCAGGGGCUUCACAUCUGUGUAUCCAAUUUUUUUUGCAAUAUAUUUAAGGCCGGAGUUUGUUCUUUCA